CACCUAUUUCCAAAGCUGGCCGGGAUUGGCGUUCCCCCCCCUGCGUGACCAGCCCUAAGCACACUCAAUCGUGGUUCUGAUGUCACAAGCGCCCUAAGAGACCUCAUGUGCACCCCAAGAGAACUUAUUGAUCUGGAGUACCUUACAUGAGGUGAUUCCCAUUUAAAGGAGUUCAUCGGUGCUGCUUUCCCGCCGAGAUGGUACCAGAUUCCACCCUCUUCCCAUUGACUUGACCACCAACUCGACCUCACGAACACAAUGGCACCUUGGAUCCUCGGCGAGAAGUUUGACACCGUUUACCCCCAUAAAGGCUCUAUCAAAGCCCUCUGGGAAACGAAGUGGAAGUUUGCGUGUGAGAAAUCUGUUUACCCAUUCCACGACGGUUCUAUCGAGGACUUCAGACCGAUUUUCGAGAAGCUUAUCGAAGAAAACAUCAACGAUGCCUACAUCGAUGCCUACACGCAGGCGUUCUUCCCAGUUGCUGAGGCUCUGGAGAACAAGGCCUCGGCUGCUUUGAACAACAAUAACGCUGAGAUGGCGUCCGACCUGCUCCGCAGAGCCGCGGUGGUCUAUCGUAUUUCCCGAUUCCCGUAUGUCGAUCCGACCAAAGACGACAUCAAGAAGGAGGCCUUCAACCGCCAAAAGAAGGUUUACCUGAAGGCGGCAUCUUUCUGGAAGCCGGCGAUCAAGGAAGUGAUCAUUCCUCACAAGCACAAGUCGCCCGCUGACGGCGCCCAUGUCCCCCUCUUCGUCCGUGUGCCGGAACAUGCAUCGGCCGAGAACCCUGUGCCAGUUGUGCUGUUGAUGACUGGGCUGGACGGAUACCGCCCUGAUAACAGCCAGCGCACCCACGAGAUCAUCGACCGUGGCUGGGCCACCGUUGUCUGUGAGAUCCCAGGUACCGCGGACUCCCCUGCGGACCCCAGCGACCCCGAAUCGGCGGACCGUCUCUGGUCCAGCGUGCUCGACUACAUGGCCACUCGUCCUGAGUUCGACAUGUCCCGGGUGGCCGGCUGGGGUCUCAGUGCCGGUGGUUUCUACGCUAUCCGGGCGGCACACACCCACCGUGAGCGAUUUGCAGGACUCAUCGCUCACGGACCGGGUUGCCAUUACUUCAUGGACCCUGAGUGGCUGAGCAGAGUUGAUGACCACGAAUACCCAUUCCUGCUCACGCCCGCCUGGGCCAAGAAGUACGGCUACUCUGAUCCGGAAGAGUUCAAGAAGAAUGGUCAAAAGAAGUUCUCGCUCCUGGAGACGGGCAUCUUGGACCAGCCCAACACCAGACUCUUGCUCCUCAACGGUCGGGAUGACGGCGUGACCCCCAUCGAAGACUGCCUGCUGCUAUUCAACCACGGAAGCCCCAAGGAGGGAAGAUUCUACCACGGUCUCCCCCACAUGGGCUACCCGCACAGUCUGGCCCCCUCGUACAAGUGGUUCGAGGACGUCCUGUCCUCUCCCCGCGAGGUGCUCAAGAACUAACAUGGUACGGCUUUAUGACUGCAAUGCCAGGUACGAAUUGAACGAGACAGUGAACCCAGAACCUGUAGAGCACCAUAGUUCUAUUCUUAAAUUGUGGAAAACUUCUUGUGUCUUCUUGACUCUAUUCUGUGAACCGACUCUGAGCCCAGAAAUAUGAUCAUCUUGGCUCUUAAAGACCAUGCGUAGGACACGCACAAAGCCAUUUGCCAGUUGAAUAUAACUUGUCCUCUGACCCUCCA